AUGACGCCGAACAACAGAGAAGUCAGCAAGAUACGUGUUUCAGUUUGUCGGCAUGGUGGGACGCUCAUGGCCAGCUGCUUCCAGCUGGAAAAGACAGGACUGCAAAGCCUCAGAUCUUGCACUGGCAGCACACGGGGACACAGCAGCUAGACUGGGAGCAGCAGGGCUUGCAGCAGCUGGACUGGGAGCAGCAGGGCUUACAGCAGCUGGACUGGCAGCAGGAUGACCCACAGCCUGAGGAGCAGCAGGGCUUGCAGCAACUGCGCUGGGAGCAACCACAAGAACCACAGAUCCCCUUAGAGCCCCCACAAGAGCCACAGCCCCCCUUGGAGCCUCCACAAGAGCCACAGCCACCCUUGGAGCCCCCACAAGAGCCACAGCCCCCCUUGGAGCCCCCACAGGACCCACAGCCCCCAUUGGAGCCCCCACAGGAGCCACAGCUGGAGCAGGAACAGGCUGGCACACAGCAGCACACAGGCUUGCAGCAGCAGACGGGCACACAGCAGCUGGAGCCACAGCCCCCACAGCCGGAGCCACAGCCCCCACAGCCAGAGCCACAGCCCCCACAGCCAGAGCCACAGCCCCCACAGCCGGAGCCACAGCCCCCACAGCCGGAACCACAGCCCCCACAGCCGGAGCCACAGCCCCCACAGCCGGAGCCACAGCCCCCACAGCCGGAGCCACAGCCUCCGGAACAGCCACAGCAGCCCAUGGUUCUGGUGGAUUGAGAAUAGAGCAGGUAGAGGAGCAGGUGAGAGGGAGGUGCAGGUGUGGAGCUCCCUGAGGCUGGGCUCUUUAUAUACCUGUCCAGAGGUCAGGCAUGAUACAGGGUCCCUUCCUUGUGACUGUUUACACUAUUUUUCCAGAGCUCUGUUUUUUCCCUCUUCGCUAGUGACUUCCUCCUGGCUCAGUUGA